CCGAGGGAAAGCUUAAAAAAAAUAUAUAAAUAUAACAAUCUAGGGUUUCAAAUCUCGCCAAUUGUUCUUUCUCCUUCGUUCAUUUUUGUUUAGCUCUCCCGCUCUCUGCAAACGCCAUUUCCUUCGAAUUCCCGCUGCCGUUUUAAUCACCGGAAAGCAGGGGAAAAGAUCAGGUUUUACCGUUUGCAGGCCCGCAGAUCCUGAAGCUACCGGAAAUCUACUUUCUUUUGAUCUCCGCUUCGGCUUCUCUGGUUUCGGCAUCUUCUACUUCUCCCAUGGUGCGUUAUUGGAUGUGAAGGGAGGGCGGGCGGGCGGGCGGGCGAGAAAGACAGGAAGAGAGAUUUUUUUUUUUUUUCUGUUUUAGAAUUCUGAAUUUAUUCUGUUAUAUUUUUUUUUCUUGAUUAGUUUCUUGUUAGAUUUGUUGGAUUUGGGGAAGAAGGACACUAAAAGAUCUGGAAUAGCUACGGAAGUAACCGAGCUCCGGGGAAAGAUUUAAUCCUUCGCUGGAGCUUUUUGAGGUUUCCUUGUGUUUGAUGCCAGUAUGUUUGCGGAUUCCGAAAUCUCGGCACCUUCAAUAGUUUCGCUUAAAUGCUGUAGCUGCAGCUGUAGUUGCACGUUGAUCAACAGCGGUUCUGUCACUUGGCAACGUUCCGUGAAGAGGAAGUUUGAUGAGUAUCAAGAUGGUUUCACCAAUCUUCUGCCUGGUUUCGAUCAAUCAUCUGUUGCUCGAGUCGAAAUUGAGAACGAAUGCUCUGCACUGCGAGAGAUGGUCAGCAGCCAGCAGCAAACCAUUCAGGAGCUUUACACUGAAUUGGAGGAGGAAAGGAAUGCUUCCUCAUCCGCUGCAAAUGAGGCCAUGUCGAUGAUAUUGAGGUUGCAGAGGGAAAAAGCUGAGAUUCAGAUGGAAGCCCGGCAAACCAAACGGUUCGUAGAGGAGAAAAUGGCCCAUGACCAGCAAGAACUUCUUGCAUUGGAAGACUUGUUGUAUAAGAGAGAACAGGCUAUCCAAGCCCUCACCUGUGAGGUGCAGGCCUACAAGCACAGGAUGUUGAGUUUUGGGUUGACUGAUGCAGAGGUGGUGGGCGAGAAGAGUGCUUACGGUCGUGACCCAAGCAUGAUUGACAAGGGUGAAUCCCAAUUUGAAUUUCUCCCAUAUGACUACCCUCCUUUGAGAUGCAAUAUGAAUGAAACCCUAGGUCAUCCAGAUAUUGAAGAUGACGUUGAUCUUGAAAAAUAUGCUUUUGGUGAAACUCCUCAACCUUUUGGUGAUACCCCUUGUACCCUGGAACAUUUGCAGAAUUUGGAGUACAGAAUCUAUCAAUUGGAGAGAAAUCCAAGUAGCAAUCGUUUGGAUUGGGAAGUUUCUGGCUCAAGGAAUAUUUUUGAGAAAGAGGUGGUUGGUCAGUCUCCAAGGCGGCCUAGGCAUGCCAGGAAGUUCUCCAAUGACAGCUUAGGUUCAUUCUCUGGUACAGUUAAAGAAACAACUCAGUAUUGUGGGGUGGAAAGUCCAAAGCGGGUUCCCAGCUUCAAAAGGAUGAAUGAUUUUUCAUUGACAGAGGAGUACUCUAAUUUGAGAAAGGUUGAUAAUGCGUCUGAUCUAGGAGAUGACAUGAAUGACAGAGUGUAUACCGUUGACUCUGUCCAUCAAGGAGUAUCUUAUGACAAUGGUGCAGAGCCCAAACCUGCUAUUGGAACCUUUGAAGAUUACGUGAACAAUCCGAGGGAUUCACGGAACCAGGCUGAUUUAGAGGAUCCUGAUAUCAAAAAGCUCUACAUGAGGCUUCAGGCACUUGAGGCAGAUAGGGAAUCAAUGAAGCAGGCAAUUAUUUCAAUGCGGACUGAUAAAGCACGAUUAGUAUUACUGAAGGAAAUAGCUCAACAAUUGUGUAAAGAUAUGACACCAGAAAGAAGGAUAUCUCCUGUGAAGAAGCCAUCUGUGAUUGGGAGUUUUUCCUUUGUUUCAGUACUGAAGUGGGUCACGUCCUUCGUCUUCUGGAGGAAAAAAGCACGUCGAAGCAAGUAUAUGUUUGAAUUAUCAUCCGAAAACAUGGGCUUGUUGAUGCUUUUAGAAAGGGGCCAUCGCAUGAGGCCGUGGAGAUGUCUUACAAGUGUACGAGCAAGAACAUAGCAUGGAGGCUUCUGUAUCCAUGAGCAAGAUCUGUGGAAUCUAUGCUCAUCUCUGCCAAUAGCAGUGGACAUCAAUCACGAUUUUAGUUACACAAAGUGCAUUCUCUUCUAGAUUCUGCGUGACUCCAGAAUCGAAAGUGCAGUCUCUUUGUUUUUGUACUUCUCUUUCUGGGUUGGAAUUGUUUUUUGUGGCGAUUGAUCAGUAAAUCAUGGUUGAUGUGUAGAUUUGGGUGUUUCUUUAAUCUGUACAAAUGUACUUCAAGGUAUAUGCAAUUUGUGGAAUCCUCCAAUGUAUAUUAGUUUGGUGAGCAGUUCUCAAUCUGAACAUGUUGUGCA